CGUUCAUAUUUUUGUUCUCUUUUGAUUGGUUUCCAAGCCAGGUUUGGUCAAUUGAAUGUGGUGACUUCUGCUGGGUAAUCAUCUUGGAUAUACUUCUGUGAUUUUGGGAUCACAGAUAUGACCAACACAAGUGCAGAAUUGUCUCAGGGGAAUGGUGGUGUUUCUCUUCCUUCUCCUAACCCUCAGUCUGGGCCACCAGAGCAUCAGCGUUCUCAUGGUGGCAGCGGCAAUAUGAUUUUCAAGAGUGGGCCACUUUUCAUAUCUUCCAAAGGAAUUGGAUGGACAUCCUGGAAGAAAAGGUGGUUUAUUUUAACACAAACGUCACUUGUUUUCUUCAGAAGUGAUCCAAAUGCUGUCCCUCAGAAGGGAAAUGAAGUGAAUUUGACCCUAGGUGGCAUUGACCUCAACAAUUCAGGCAGUGUUGUUAUCAAACCAGAUAAGAAACUUUUGACAGUACAAUUUCCUGAUGUUCAUGAUGGACGAGCUUUCACACUUAAGGCUGAAACUACUGAAGAUUUAUAUGAGUGGAAGACUGCACUUGAGAAUGCGUUGGCACAAGCACCUAGUGCUGUCAAUGUGAUGGAGCAAAAUGGUAUCUUUAGGAACGAUCAGACUGAUUCAAUUGAUAUUUCUUUGGACCAGUUAAAGGAGAGAGAACCAGCCAAAUCUACUGUCAUUGGUCGGCCAAUCUUACUUGCUUUGGAGGAUGUUGAUGGAACUCCAUCAUUUUUGGAGAAAGCCCUGACAUUUAUAGAAGAGCAUGGAGCUAAUGUGGAAGGGAUCUUGCGACAAGCAGCUGAUGUUGAUGAGGUCGAACGUCGUGUUCGAGAAUACGAACAAGGAAAAGUUGAGUUUUCUCCGGAUGAGGAUGCACAUGUAGUUGGUGAUUGUGUUAAGCAUGUGCUUCGGGAAUUGCCAUCCUCUCCAGUUCCAGCAUCUUGUUGUAAGGCACUGUUAGAAGCUUGUCGAACUGAACGUGGGAAUAGGGUUGCUGCUAUGCGUGCAGCAAUAAAUGACACUUUCCCUGAACCAAAUCGUCGCUUAUUGCAAAGAAUACUCACAAUGAUGCAAGCUGUGGCUUCACGCAAAGCUGUUAAUAGAAUGAGCUCCUCAGCUGUGGCAGCUUGCAUGGCACCUUUACUUCUUCGCCCCCUUCUGGCUGGAGAAUGUGAGAUUGACAAUGAUUUUGAUGUAGGUGGUGAUGGUUCUGUUCAACUUUUACAAGCAGCUGCUGCAGCGAACCAUGCUCAAGCAAUUGUUAUAACUUUAUUAGAAGAAUAUAACAACAUAUUUGGGGUAAUAUAUCUCACUAUUCCUUUUUGCAUGCAGGAAGGUUCUGUGUCCCCUGAUAUAUACACUGACUCAGAAGAAGAGAGUGGAUCUGAGAGUGAGGAAGCUACUGAUGAUGAUUUGUCCUACGAGGAUGAUGAUGAUGAUUAUGAUGAUGACGAUGAACAAGAUGAAUCAGUACAGGAGUCUGAUGCAGAAGCAGAUGAUGAUCUUGUUAGCGAAUCGUACAGUGAAACUGGAGAAUCUGAGGCUGAUGAUGCAGGCGACGAUGAGGACCAUGAUCAUGCUAGUUCUAGUUCAAAAUCUUCAAGUGCUAGUGAAGAAUUGAAAGCCGAAAAAAAAUUAUCAUCAAAGUCACUUGAAGGUUCACUGAAUCAACCCGAAGAUAUAAAAAAAAAAUCUGAAAAUCUCACAAGUCCAAAUAAGACUGCUCAUGCAGAUCAGUCCAAUAAGCCUGCUGGUAUAGUUGGAGUGUCCACUGACCAGGUUAAAUUGCAUAAUUCAAAUUCUCCUAGUCCUUUAUGUAUCAAAAAAUCGAAUACCAUGUCCAAUGGGCCAGCACCUCGGCACCGCACCAUGUUGGGGCGAGUCUCUGCAAGGAAGAAUCUUUCCAUGGAAUCCAUAGAUUAUUCUGUCGAUGAUGAAGAUGAGAUUGAAAGGCUUGAAGCUGCUAGGGCAGAAUUACAAACUCAAAUCGCAGAUGAAGUGAAGGCAAAUGCAAAGUUGCAAUCCCAUAUGGAUAACCGAAAGAAAGCCUUGGAAGAACGUCGUCUGGCUCUAGAGCAAGAUGUGGCUAGACUACAGGAGCAGUUGAACAAGGAAAAGAAUUCUCGGAUAGCUCUUGAGAACAAGGCAGGGCUUGAGGAAUUAGCUCUGGUAGAAGCAGACCUUGCUAACUUAGAGUGGAAGGUUGAGGAGCUUGGAGUCAGGCUUAAUGCACAACUUGAGCGAAAUUAUGGAUCCAGUUUGGAAAUCUCUAAUCUACCGCGACAGAUAUCAAAUAAAGAGAGAAAAUCGAAAAACAAGGCAGAUACUGAAGUUCCUGCCAUAUCACAAACUGACAGGUCAAUAAGUAAGGACACUCAUAUUGGUGGAGCAGAAAGUGAUACUGAGAGAAAGCCAGAGCCAGCACCUACAUCAAACAAACAUCCACCAACUAGCUCCAAGAAAUCUAGUACAAAGGGUGAGGGAGCAAAUUUCACUCCUUCUGCAAUGACAAAACUGACAUCCAGACUGAACUUUUUGAAGGUGAGCCGAAAUCAGAUUGCAAACGAACUCCAAAAUAUGGAUAAAGGCCGAGAGUCAAGUCGCUCUGCACACAACGUGGAAAAAGGAAAAGGACAUGACCGUCCUCAAGCACUUCCAUCCCCUCAUAGAUAUGGAGGGUCUGAAGCUCAUCAUUCUGUCCCAAACCCAGAAAGAGUUAGAGGCUCGGACAAUUCUCAGUCACUGCAGAUUUCAGAUAAAGGAUCGAGCAAAGGUAAAUCACAUCAAAGUUCAGACAAAUUGAGGAAAUCAGAUAGCCACCCAAGCCACCACACAGAUGGAUGGAAUCAGCAACCAAAACAUUUGGAAAGAGGAAGAUCAGAAGGUCAUCAGACUUUUAAUGUGGAUAAAGGUCGGUGAUUACGAGGCGAGUCUUCUGUUAUAGAACAAAAUCCAGAUCCAGUCAAUGUUUUUCUUGUUCAACUGGGGCAUUGCUUGUGUCUUUCAACAUUGUUUUGUGUGGUUUAUGUAAUACAAUGAGAAGAAUCCUUCUUUGAUAAGGUUGGCACUAGAGCUCAUAUUCAAACGAGAGAAGCAUUCCAUUUACAC